AUGUUAGGGUUCGGGCAUACGCCCUUAUGGCCAAUGAUCAUUGUCCUGAAAAACACAAUUGGACAGUCUCGGAAAAAACACAUCAGGGGGCUGUUCCGUUACGGUGCUUUGCCAGCACGAGAGAUUGUGCCCAUCCUUUCCCAAUGCACAGAAGAGCUUAUAGACUUCAACCUCGUUAGACUUUGCAGCACGCUCUCCUGCAAGAUAUAUGGACCUGAGUUUAAUCGCUUUUUUGACGAGAGCGCCCCAUACAUUGUUAGGUUAAUGGGUAUGUUGGCCACCUAUAUGCCUGCUCCCCAUUUGAAGUACUCCCGGCAAAUGACGAAGUGGGAGUGUGAGCGGGUGACAGAGCUGGUAGACAUAGCAGACGCGGAGUACCUGGCGUCGAAUAUGAAGGGUACGCGGGCAUACCAGCCUGGCUGGGCACUGCUUGUACAGAGGACCUUAGCGUGCUUUUUCUUGGUCAUUCGAGGCACAGUUAAUAAAGGGGAUUUAGUUCUCAACCUGGAUGCUAUAUCAACGGAAUUGGAAAGCGGGGUUACUCUUCAUGCAGGCAUGCAAAAAGCAGCACUCUGGGUCGCCGAGAACGUUCACCCUAUACUCCAGAACUACAAGAAGAAUCAUGCUGCCAAAUCUUACAAGUUGAUAAUAACCGGACACAGCCUGGGGGCAGGGGUAGCCAUGGCUCUGGGCCACCAUCUUAUCUCAAUCCAUCCAGAAGUUUACAACUCAAGCAAUCUAAAGGCUCUUGGCUUCGGCUGCCCGGCUAUGGCUGGUCUGAGUUUUGCCAAUGAUGCACGGUCAUGGGCCACCAAUUACGUCUAUGAUUUCGAUACUAUUUCUAGGCUUAGCUUGCACUCAAUAAAAACCUUUCUCAAGCGUCUGGAGAUACUUGCUGAAGACAAAGAGCGAGGAAAGAAGAUAACAACCAGAGAGCUAUCCCGAAGCGUGUACACUGAUGCAGACUUGUAUGUACCUGGAAAGAUCAUCCUUCUGCAGUCGGUACACAUCAGAGAUGGAAGAUGUGUGUUGCCACAAAUAAGUGGGGAGCUGAGUAUAGUAGAGGAGAGCGAAUAUGCCCAGACAGUAUGUACCACAUAUGAACAAGCAGGGGAAACAAAUAAAAGAAUCUUGGCUUCAGAAAUAUCGCCCCACGACCUAGGAGAGUUUUUACCAGACGAAGUUGGGCUUGUGGACCACGGAUUUUAUGGAUAUUUAUUCAACCAGGCAAUACCUAUUGAGAUGCACAUACCGAAUGGACUUAGUCCGUAA